UUCUUGGUAACUCCAAUAAUCAAAUCAAAAUGGCCUCCAUUGAAGAAACUCGCACACGUGUGCGAAUGCUGGAACAUGAAAUAGAAAAUCCCCACAGCUCAGAUUUUCCAGGAAACUAUGUCGGCUUUGAUGACAGCUGGAACCAUGAAAAGUUUGUGGAGAAUUUCCACAUUGACAUUGUGCAACUGAGCGAGACGGCAAUGGAGUUUGACAUGGUCGGCAUUGAUGCUGCACUAGCCAAUGCCUUCAGGAGAAUUCUGCUUGCCGAGGUGCCCACGAUGGCCAUCGAAAAGGUGUUUGUGUAUAACAACACAUCCAUCAUACAGGACGAGAUCUUAGCGCAUAGGCUGGGACUGAUACCGAUCAAGGCAGACCCACGGAUGUUUGAGUAUCGGCAAGAGGGUGAUGAGGAGGGAACGGCAGAGGACACCAUUGAGUUCCAGCUCAAAGUGAAAUGCGCCAAGAACCCCAGCGCUGCCAAGGAUGCAACGGAUCCUGAUGAGCUCUACAAACACUCCAAAGUAACCACAGAGUACCUGAAGUGGAUCCCCAUAGGCAACCAAUCAGAGAUGUAUGGGGAAGGAGCCAUUCGUCCUGUUCACGACGACAUCCUGAUUGCCAAGCUGAGACCAGGCCAAGAGAUGGAUCUCAAGAUGCAUUGCGUCAAAGGCUUCGGCAAGGAUCACGCCAAGUUCUCGCCUGUGGCUACCGCAUCCUACAGGUUACUCCCAGAGAUCAUCCUCACAAGGCCAGUAGAGGGGGAACAAGCUGACAGGUUAGCCCAGUGCUUCUCCCCCGGGGUCAUUGAAGUCAAAGAGAUCAAUGGAGUGAGGCAAGCUGUGGUUGCCCAUCCCAGACGAGACACUUGCAGUCGAGAAGUCCUCAGACAUGAGGACUUGAAAGAUUGUGUGAAACUCAACCGAGUGCGGAAUCAUUUCAUAUUUUCAGUGGAAUCAACUGGUGCCCUGCCUCCAGAGACGCUGGUGUCCGAGGCCAUCAAGAUCCUCAUGACCAAGAGCCGCUCCUUCAAAAGUGAGCUGGAACGACUCGGCACGCAGCCAAGAUGACGUCCCAGCAGCCGCCGCGGAAACAUUCGACCUAAAACUGGUAGAACAUUCUGUUUUGCUUAGGCCUGCACUCAUACCUCAGUGUUGCCUCUGGAUUUUGAAUUCCAGCUCAAAUCAUUCAAAAUUUGAAGAGAAAACAAUGCAAAUAUUACUCUUGAAACGCAGCCCAUAACAGAGCUCUUGUUUGUGUGAUAUACAGACAUUUGUGCUCCAUUUAAGUUUUAACCUGAUCUCCCUCCAAGAAUGAUUUGCUUCACGGAUCCAACAAAACCGUCUCUUCAGAGGCCAGAUGAACACCAUGUACGACUGCGCCAGUUAAUUUACAAAAACAGUGCUCUGAGUGCUGAAUUCGCAGUAGUUACUCGAAACCAACUUUUGGCAACAUGAAGAUCACUGAGAAAAACUGGACUAUGCAUGUCGGUAAAGAGUUACAACCAUUUGUAAAUAAAUAAACAAGCACAGCGAUGACCAAUAUGUCUGCUCAAUGAUACUUUAUUACAAUACGCUUCAUUGAAUACUAAGUACAACAUAAUUCCUGUUUUUUUCCUUUUACUGUUAAAUACUGUGGCGGGAGCUACAUCCAAUA